CUCACUCUCCUUUUUCUUUUUCUUUUUACUUCAAACUUUAAACAUUGAUUCCUCCUUCAUUACUUGGAAUUUUUGAAAGCCGUUUACGGUAAUUCGAAGGGCACGGCGAGAUCUUCACAUCCAUAUAAGUAAUUUCAGUUUUAGUGCAUUAUAGGGAUUCCCGUUUUGAGACCCAUUUUGGAGUUUUUUUAUCCUCCUUGAGUGAAUUCUUCACCUAAAGACCAUUUGCAAUCUUGUGCACAGGGCAGCAAUGGAGGUCACUUUUCAUGUACAAGCAUAAUUUGAUUCUUCUAACCUUUGCCGUAAUGGAAGGACCUUAUCAGAAUCUUAAGGUGCCGUGGGAGAAGAAGUAUACGGUCCUCACACACCAUAAUCGAAUCAUUUAAGCGAAAUGGGACAUAUCUUUUCUAUAUAAGGAGAAGUUGCAACAUCUUUUGUUAAGUAAGAAGAAAGUGUUUGAGAGUUCUUCAAGGUAGGGAGGGAAAAAAAAGUUUCAAGAGCUCUAUAUUUGAGUGAUGUCUAGGUAUGGAAGCUACACCACCUACCAAGGGAUGGACAAUCGUAGCGAUGAUUGGAACAGACCAAGCUAUGUUGGAGAUGACUAUUCUGAUCAUCUCUGUCGCCCGGUCAUUGUUGAUGCUGAGGGAAGGAAAAGGCCAAUCAUUUCCUACACUCCCACUGCCACACAGAGCUAUGUCACAAAAGUGGAGAGAAUUGUUGAGCAUGUCCGCACACCUAUUGUGACCACUGAAUACCAGUACAGCACUCCCACAAGGGUCGAGCCUCUGAAUGAAUAUGGAGUUGUCAACAACAAAUGGGGCAGGCCUUCGAGCCCAGUCCAUGAUCGCCCCCAGAAAGUCGAAGAAUUCAUCACCAAGGUCCAAACUGAAGUCAGCCGCCCUGCUAGGACCGGCAUUGUGGGCACCUGGCGCAACCCUGCAGGCACCAAUGGCUAUGGUGAUCAGUAUAAUAGCUACAACAACAACAACAACAGUGACUGGAACAAGCCAAGUGGCAAUUACAAACACGAUGAGAGCUUGGCUGAUCCAUUCAUUGUCAACAAAGAAGGUUGGGGAAGAGAGAGUACUCCUAAAGGUUGGACUAGCACGCCUGGUCGUGAUACCCCACUUAGCAAGCCAACUAAUGACAUUGGCACAGCUGUGGAGUACCUGAAGGAAGCUUCCCAUUCUCCAUCUAUCACUUCUCCUCCACCACAAUCGCGUUUUGGUGUACCGAUCUCGACAACGCCAAGAAAAGAGACAUACACAGAAACCAUUGACAGCAGGGAGGCUGCAAGGAGAUAUGGCAACUUCAAUUUUUCAUCUAGGCCAAGGCCAGCUGAGAAUUACAUAGGGACCAUAGACAGUAGAGAGGCCGCGACGAAGUACAAAGGCGCGCGGGUUUAAAGAUGGAGGUGGACAUGAUUAUGCCUACAACUAUAACUUGACCUCCAUUGAAGGCUCUUUGAUAUUCUAUUAUAUAGGUUUGUUUGGGCUUCUCCAGCUACUCUACCAGUGUUUGUUUCCCUCCCUGUUUGUGUUAUACUUAAAGUUGUGUUAUGAGUGUUUAUGUCAUGAUAUUAGUAGUGAAAUAAGCUUUAUAGUAAGUGUUUGUAAUAACCAGAGUUAUGGUAACCUGUGAUUGCUAUGGAGAAGAGGAUGUAUGCUAUAAGAAAAUAGUAAUUAUAGUGAAAUUAUGGAGUACUAUAGUUUCUUUAAA